UCUGAUAAAAUAAUAAUUAUUACUGCAAUGGAUACACGCUUGUAUUGAUUUUAUUCAAGUAACACAAACAGAUAACCUAAUUUGCAUGAAAACAACGUUUAAUUUUCAUUGACAGUAUAUAUUAUCUUUUUUAAAUUUGAUUUCGUUGAUUCAUUUCACACAAGCGCACGAAAGCAUUUACUCUGGGAAGACUUGUUUCGAUUACACGCGUCGAGAGCUUACAGUAAAAAGUAAAAAUGCAAUUUGACGUACGGAAACAUAAAUGACCUAUGCCAUUAAUCUAUAACGUAAAUCAACAACACUAUCACUUUAUUUUUUCAACUAAAUUAUGUGCUCACUUUCGUCUUCAUCUUCCGAUAUCUUUGAUGUUCAACUACCGCCAAGAAAAAUCGAUAGAUCAAACAAUCGAUCUAAAAUCUCGUCGAAGUCAGACGUGAAUGUAGUCAUCGAUGCAAUGGAGUGUGUAUACAAUGUAUACUUUUAAUCGUGGAACCGGUUUAUUACUUCUUAGUUAUGUUAGUAAUAUUUACAUUUAUUAACGUUGAAGGACUUCUGAGAUUUCAUUCGAAACAUAACCCACGAUCCCUUUGUUUUCGUCUCGUUUAAACAGUAUAUUUUCUAUUGUCGAAUACGAGGAUAUGUAUGUGCGUGAUGGAUGAAAGUUCACUUAAAAAGCUCGGUGGUAGUCUUGAAAUAAUAAAUAAUAGUACUAAUUACACGUUAGUUAUGUCACUUGAAUUGUGUUACUGUAAAAGUCGAUGUAAAAGUGUUAAAAUGUGAGAGGAUUUGUACCUGGGAUUUUAAGUCCAAGCGUCCACUGAAUCUUGGUCAACAGGGCUAGGUAAUGAUUCAUUUGUUUAUUAUAAAUUUUAUAUUAUUAUAAUUUCAAUCAUAAUUUCUUUUCCUCUCUAAUGAGCUAUUAAGACGUCUUCUUAGUUGCAUUUUGUAAUAAAAAGUUAAAAAGAAUGAUGUUGUUAAAAACCUUAUUAUCUGUUUUUAUAUUAUAUUUUGUAGUUUAUAAAUAGAUGAAUCAUAGUAUAAUAAUAGGAAUGUUCUUUUUGCCCUUCUCAGUGUUUUAUUAUUCAUGUAAUGUUGCUUUUUACCUUCUUUUAUAGUUACAUUUUCUUAAUUGUUUGUUUUUACGUCAUAUUUUGUAGCUCUAAUGAACGGUAUAAAUUUAAUUAAAAUGCAUAAAUAGAUGAAAUUUAUGAAAAAGUAAUUGGAUCAUGCAGGAAGAAAGGGAUAAAAAUGUUGAAGAAAUCAAACAGAUUUCUCAGCUCUGAAUGUAAUGAAAAUGUUUAGAAUAUUGACUAUGAAAAUUGGAAGAAUACUUAUCCAGGAACAGGUUUACUCUCUGUAGAAGAAGAUAGAAGGCAGGAUUAAUUUUACGGAGUUAACAUAAUUCAGAAAGAAAGCAUAAAAAGAUGAAUAACUCUGAAAUUGUUAAGGCAUCCACUCGUACAGUUCCUAACAUAUUAAAAAACAAUUUGAAAUGGCACAGAACUCUUGUGAAAGUACCAAUAGAAACACAUACAGCUCUUAACACAGAACAAGGUGCACAGGUUUCAUUAGAUAAUCUUAGAAAAAAAAUGGUUAAAACGGAAGUUAAAUGUAGAUCAUCUACCAAAAGAAAACAAAAAUACAGUUUCAAGGAUAUAUGGUAUGAAUUGCCCAAUUGGGAUAUUCACUCGUUUCUUGAUAAUAAAAAGAAAAGUUUAAACAAAAAUUUAUUUCCAUCAGCAAAAUUAAAAGCCUCUACACAAAAGCAAAUGUUAAAACAUCUUACUAAAAGACGUCAUAAAAAACAUGAUGUAUCUGUUUGUAACACUGAACAGAAAAAAGAUUUGACAUCCUCAAUAUCACAUGACUUGUCCAAAGAAAUCAUUCCUGAGUUUCGCAUAUUCCCUGCCUCCCAGAAGAAUGAUCUCAACGAUCUACAGAUUCCAAUUGACUUCUCAAGCAAUGAAAUAUUUAGUGAGUUCAACUAUGAAUCAUAUGGACUUAGCAAUUUAAAUUACCUCACAGAUUACACAAUAAGUUUAGAUGAAACACAUAAUUCAUUGAGUACAACCCAUGAUAGUGACAUUUCUGAAAAGAAAUAUGACAUAAAUGGUAACGAGCUUGAUAUACAUGAGACAUAUUUGAUACAAGACAAACAGAGUGAUGAAGAAGUUUCACCAGAUCAAUCUUUAACAUCUUCAGAAUAUUGGUGCAAAGAAGUACCAAUUUUCAGUAAUAAAAAGUUCAAUUUUUCAUCAGAGUUUUGUUGCAGUCACUGUCUAGAUGACUGUGUUUCAAACUGGGUAACAACCAGUGAAGCAAACAACAAUAUUCGUAUGAAAAAUAAAGUAUUAUCAGGAAUUUCUGAGAAACAGUCAAUUAUUUCAAAUAAUAGCAUAGCUGAUCAAGAGAACUUCAAUUGUUCAAAUUCACAUACUACAGAGACCUAUGCAUAUUCCACUGAUGAUAGUUUAGAUGGAGAAUGCAGUGAACAAUAUUCGUGUUCUCUAAUGAGUGAAACUCAAACUUGUUUCAAAAGUCCAUUAGAAAAUAUCGUAAUAACAGACUUGUAUGGUGAGACAGACAUACAAGAGAAUAUAUCUACUGAAACAUCAAACACAGUCCAACAAGAGGAAUGUAACGAACUCAGUAACGAUAACAAUGUAUUUUCCUCAGAGUUCGAUUGUGACUCACGGUUCCGUAAUUCCGCAGAGCAAGGGACAAAUAAUAAUUAUACGAAUAUAUUGCUAACAGAGGAGAAUAUAAGUUAUAAUAAAGAUAAAAAUGGAUAUCAAUGUUUAUUAUGUCCCAUAUCAUUUUCAACCGCUCGCGCAAUGGCGAUGCAUCAAGCUGGGGCACACGGAGGUACUUACAUAAUACGUUGCGAAAGCUGCGGUAGGCUUUUCAAUCAGAAAUAUCAUUUCAACAGGCAUUUCAUUCAUUGCGGUCGCUUGAAAGAGCCAUACAAGUGCGACAUGUGUAUAAAAAUAUAUAGGCACAAAUCAUCCUUAACUCAUCAUUUAAAAACAGCUCACCAUGUUCAUUAUAGUCAUAAUCGUUCGGCAACAUUUAUCUGCACCGUAUGUAAAAAGAUAUAUUGUAAAUUUGGUGCCUUCGAGAAUCAUGUAAAACAACAUAAGACUAUGUGGUAAGUGGAAUUACGACGACAUGCAUCUGAUGCUAAUGUAUUUUUUAAUUCAUUUUCUCGCGAUAAUAAAAUUAAAGUUAUAUGAACUGUUUCCUCGAUUUUAGAUGUACGACGCAGGAUACAGGUGCCAUAUAAAAUAUAUAAACAAAUAUACAGAUUAUACGAAUGUUUAAUUCAUAUAUCGACGUUUAUUUAGGAUGUUGCUUAUUUGGAUAUUUUAUUUCGAGACAGUCAUAUUAGUAUUAUAAUUAUGAUAGAUUUUGGUAGCGUUUAUUUUUUAUGAUUUUUAGAGAGGAAUGCAUUUAUGCAUUCGGCGACCUAAUCAUUUAUAAAACUUGACCAUCGUUUUGUGUACUUAGUAGUUUAGAUUUAGGUAGCGUUUACCUCGUGGAUUCCUAAUUUUUAUAUCUUUAUAAUUUGUUUUGUUAUCAGGGUAGGAAAUGUUCCUAAAUACUUUUUUUAUUCAAUCCGACAAAGAAACGUUAUUGCCAAUUUUAGUUUUCGUUAUACGUAAUUAAUACGUAAGUAGUGUUCGUUAGUGCGAUAUUUCAAUGUAAUUUUAUCGAACAUUGACACUUAGAAUGCUCAGAGUUUAACGUUUUAUUUUUCAAUAUUUGGACUUAAUAGUUAUACGAUGUUAAGAUAAGUAGAACGUAAGUGUCGCUGUUACCAAAUCAAAGAAAAGGUUUUUUUAUAUUUCUUCACACUAUUUGUACUCCAUUACGAUACCAAAGUGUUCGUUAAUUUAAUUUAGGUAUAAAACAAAUUUUCAUGAUGGUAUUAUUACGUAGUAAUUGUUUAAGUUUCGUCUGUAAUUAACUACAGAAAAUAUUCAAGUGUACCAAAGCGGUGUUUUAUUUUGAUAAAUAUAUAAUUUUAUUUUUCAUUCAAUAACACGUUGUA